AUGGACAGAAUCAGUUUCUUGCCGGAUGAUGUCCUCUUGCAGAUACUUUCACUGCUUCCUACAAAAGAUGUCUUGACCACAAGUCCUCUGUCUAAACGAUGGCGGAAUCUUUGGAAGUUGGUUCAUAAGCUCGAGUACAUGUACUGUGUUAAGAAUAAUGAUGAUCAUGGGAGAUUUGUCCGGUUUGUGGACAGGUCGUUGCUAUUAAGCACAGCUCCGGUCUUAGAGAGCUUGCAUUUCAAAAUCCGUAGGCAAUGCAGCGACGUAGAUAUCGGAUUUUGGGUUAGAAUUGCAGUGGAACGAGGUUUGCGUGACUUGAAUUUCGAUUACAAUACUCAUAGUGAGCCUAUCAAAUUACCCCAGAGCUUGUUUACUUGCGGAACACUCGUGACACUUAAACUAACCGAGGUGUCGCUUGUGGAUGUUAAACUCACCGAGGUAUGUUUUCAGUUCCUCAAGACAUUGCACCUUCGUUAUGUGAUUUACUUAGACGAUGAAACCCCUCGGAAGCUUUUAUCAAGCUGCCAAAUUCUUGAAGUCUUGGUCGUGAACAGAAAAACGAAUGACAAUGUAACAACCUUUUGUAUUAUGUUGCCUUCAUUGCAAAAGUUGAUCUACGAUGCAAGAUGUGAUACUCAUGAUGGUGUUUAUGAUUUUGUGAUGAAUGCUCCUUCUUUGAAGUGCUUAGAGCUUUUAGAUGCGGGUACUGAGUGUAUGGUUGAGAAAAUGCCUCAGCUCGUGGCUGCAAAUGUCGCAGCUUGCUAUACGAAUACCGACAAUAUCUUGACUUCUCUUACAUCAGUCAAACGUCUCUCGCUAUGUUUACCAAAAUCUUCAUUUCCUACUGGUGAAAUCUUCCAUCAGCUUGUAGACUUGGAGUUUUGCACAUAUGGUACACAAUGGUUUCUACUUAUCUCCAUUCUUAAACAUUCUCCGAAACUACGAGCUCUCAAACUCAACGAGAGACAUAAUAGUUUUUUUAGAGAAAAAAUGCAGCACUGGGAUGAGCCAAGUUGUUUUUCUGAAACGUUGAUGUUCGGUCUUGAAACUUUGGAGUGGAGAAACUACAGAGGAUGGGAGAUGGAGAAAAAACUCGCGACGUUUAUCUUGAAACAUUCUUGUCGUUUAAAGACAGCGAUUAUCUCACCAAGAGCCACCACUUUGGAGCAUAAACAUCAAAUGCUCACAGAGUUGGCACUUUUGGAUGACAAAAGUGAUUGCAAUCGGCGUCGAUAG